CGACCAGCCUGCCAUCCCGGGAGUCCGCCUACCCCCGCCGAGGACGAGGAGGGCGGGUCACAGGCAGCAGGCCACCCGGCUCGGGUGUAGGGCGGGUCACAGGCCGCGGGUAUGUCGGACUAUGAGAUCUCCGUGCAGGCUCUCAAUGAGCUCCUGGCCAACGAUGGCGGUUUCUACAGCCUCCCCUCCCAGCAUUUCAACGAGGUCUUCCCCCGGAUCUACGUGGGCAACGCCUUCAUCGCACAGAACAUCAUGAGACUGCAGCGCCUUGGGAUAACUCACAUACUCAAUGCUGCCGAGGGGAAUUCCUUUAUGCACGUGAACACUAAUGCAGCCUUCUACAACGGCACAGGAAUUACCUACCACGGUAUUAAAGCCAACGAUAGACCAAAUUUUGACCUGAGCUCUUACUUUGAGGAAGCCUCUGACUUUAUUGAUAAAGCAUUUUCACAAAAAGAUGGUCGCGUGUUUGUCCACUGCCGUGAGGGCUACAGCCGCUCGCCCACGUUGGUCAUAGCUUACCUGAUGCUACGUCACAAGAUGGAUGUAAAAACCGCGGUUGCAACGGUGCGGCACAAAAGGGAGAUUGGCCCCAAUGAUGGCUUCCUAAAGCAGCUAUGCCAGCUCAAUGAAAAAUUGGUGAAAGAGGGUAAAGUCAAGUGUUGAUUGUAGCUCAGAGCUACAGCAUUUAAACUACAAGUACAAUGUGUUCCCACAGCAGGGAUUUCAAAGUGAAACCGUCCUCUAAACAGCAUGUAGGCAGCCAUUUUUGUUGCUAUCAGUUAUAGUUCCGGAGCCAUUGUGAGGCAUGAGGCUCGUUGUAUGCCUCAUGGCUCGCUGGUGUGAUUAGUUUCUAGUUCAUUAGAAAAUGGAUGCCUUCACUGUUUUUAGGAGGUGAGUUCCGUUCAAAAAGCAACAAACAUAAGCAGGAAGGGAUCUCCCGGUGGUUCGGUGUUGUCCUGACGUAGUUCAGCUGCCAAAUAUUUUUGGCUUUACUUUUUUUAGAGUUUAAAUGAACCAUUUUAUUUUGGUUUAUUUUUUAAAUUGUGAUACUUGCUAGAACUGAAAAUCUACAAACAACCCCUAUGCCUGAGGGGUGACCCUUCUUCAGUCUGUUUCAUUGUGAUCAGCAUGACCAUUGCCUUUCAAGACUGAUUCUUCUCACUGUCAUUAACUAUCAACAUAUGCCUUUUUUGUUUGCUAUGAUUUUUUGGGGGUCUAUGUAUCAAAACAGGAAAACAAAUCUUUUGUCUAAGGGAGUACAUGCACUGCUUGUGUUUGAAAGGGUUGUCCCACCAUAGCAACCUAUCUGAUAUGCGAGGAUCUGACCACUGGGACCUCAAGUGAUCACAAGAAUAGGGGUUCUGUGUCCCCAAAUAUGAAUGGAGUGAUAGUGAUUCAUGCACACUCCAACUCCAUUCAUGUCCGUGGAAGUGCCAUGUCAACCAACUGCUGUACUUGGGUAUCUCCAGUACUCGCGUCGAGAAGAAUGGCGAGGUGGCGCACAAGUCUGACGCUCCAUUCACACAGGGAACUCCCUGUUCUUGUGAUCGAUCAGGAUCAGAGUGGUCGGAUCCCACCGAUUGUAUAGGUAUCACCUGUCCUAUACAUAGAUGGUAAUUUGUUAUGGUGCAACAACCUCUUUAAACCCCUUUUAAUGGGUUUUAAAAAGCUGUGAUUGUGGUUAGAGGC